UCGUGAAAGGGAGUAUGAAGGGAGAAAGAUCAACGCCUCCUCGUUAACUGGUGCCCACCAUACCUGUGCGUGCUUUCUUCGUGUGCUACAGCGGCUUGUAAAAAAAAAACCCAAAAACAAAUAAAAAAUUAAAACUGCGAUAAAUAUCUCGAAAAAUCCCAUAAAAGAUCAUCUUAGAAUAAAGUCAUGGUGCCGCACGGGCCGCGACAACCUGUGGAGUGUCUACCCGGAAUGAAGUCGUAAUUACGCCGUCUACAGCUCGAGAGAAGGGCGACCGAGUGCUGUAAAUUCUGAAUGGGACUGGAAGAGCGCGCGAAUGGGAUGCACGGUGAGCUUCAUCUGCUGCGAGGAAGACUUUCUUCAAAUGCCUGUUUACCAACAGGAGGAUGAGAAGAGCAAAGGCAGCCUGAAGACGCCAGAGGAGUUGGAGGCUCUUCAUUCCCACACGUUCCGGCUGAAGACUUUCAAGAAGUCCAAGCAGUGCAGUGUCUGCAAACAAACUAUCAUCCAGGAUGGACUCAUCUGCAGAGUGUGCCGAAUAGUUUGCCACAAGAAAUGCGAAGUCAAGGUAUCUUCACCUUGUGUUCCAGCAGCAAACUAUGAGUUGGCACCAAGCAGCGACCUCUCUCUGAAACAUGCUGACACUAUGGGUUCAACAAAAUCUUCAAAGAGCAUGGAGUCUCGACGUAGACCAUCAAGGAGUACCAGUCUACUUCAGGCCCUGGAGGAGACCUAUGAGCUGGACUUGGUGUACAUCACAGAGCGGAUCAUCUCCGUUUCUUUCCCGGGCAGCGUGGAGGAACAGAGCUACGCCGUUAACCUGAGAGAGGUCGCCUCCAUGCUGCGCUCCAAACAUGGACACAACUACUUGGUCUUCAACCUCAGCGAGAAGCGUUAUGACAUCAACCAACUAAACCCAAAGGUGUUGGACUUUGGUUGGCCUGACCACCAUGCCCCUGCCCUGGACAAAAUCUGCAGCAUCUGCAAAGCAAUGGACACGUGGCUGAGCGCAGACAGCCACAAUGUUGUUGUAAUACACAACAAGGGUAAUCGAGGCAGAACUGGAGUGGUGGUGGCAGCCUACAUGCAUUACAGUAACAUAUCUGCCAGUGCUGACCAGGCUCUGGACAGGUUUGCCAUGAAGCGUUUCUACGAAGACAAAGUGCUUCCUGUGGGUCAACCAUCCCAGAAAAGAUAUGUGGAGUACUUCAGUGGCUUGCUUUCCGGACACAUCAAGAUCAACAACAAACCCCUUUUCCUUCAUCAUGUCAUCAUGCAUGGCAUUCCAAACUUUGAGGCCAAGGGAGGUUGCCGUCCUUUUCUCAAAAUCUACCAGGCCAUGCAGCCUGUCUACACAUCUGGGAUCUAUAACGUCCAAGGUGACAGCCAGACGAGCAUUUGCAUAACCAUCGAACCUGGUCUUCUCCUAAAAGGAGACAUCCUGCUCAAGUGCUACCACAAACGUUACCGCAACCCGUGCAGAGAUGUCAUAUUCCGGGUUCAGUUCCACACGUGUGCUGUUCACGACCUAGGACUUGUCUUUGGGAAGGAAGAGCUUGAUGAGACAUACAAAGAUGAACGAUUUCCAGAAUAUGGAAAAGUUGAGUUUAUUUUCUCCUUUGGACCAGAAAAAAUACAUGGUCAAGGUAUGGACCACCUGGAGAACGGGCCGAGCGUCUCGGUGGACUACAACACACAAGAUCCCCUGAUUCGAUGGGAUUCCUAUGAAAAUUUCAAUCAGAGCUGUGAGGACGCCACAGAAGAAGUAAUCCAUACCCAAGGACCUUUGGACGGAAGCCUGUAUGCCAAAGUUCGUAAAAAAGAAUCUCUUGAAGGAACAGUCACACCGAACGGCCUUCCGUCCACUGCUGCAGAACAUGCCCUGCCUGCUGUGGACCACGCACUGUCUGUGAGCAGCGACUCAGGAAACUCCACUGCUUCUAUCAAAACUGAUCGAACAGAUGAAGCAGUUCUUCAGGUUUCCACAGUGAGCCAGACACACAUUCCUGUGGGUGAGGACUUACCCACUGUCCAUCACCCCCCAACACCUGUUCAACAACCAAUAAGUCCUCAAGAGAAGAAAGAGCUCGAACAACUACUGAGUGGCUUGGAGGGGCCCAUGAACAGACAGGCUUACCUGUCCACCCCAACAUCUGCUCCUGGAGGGAUGCUCCACCUUGUGCCCGCCCAGGUCCAUGUUAACGGGAACAAUAGCAUCGACCGAGAAACCGACAUUUUAGACGAUGAGCUGCCUACUACUCAAGAGGGCAACAGCGUGGACAGCCUGGGAACUUUUUCCUCCACGGAUGGGCGGGCUACACCAGCAGAUCUGUACUUCCAAUCUGAGCCUGUCAUCAACGGCCAGGAUCAUCUGCCAUACCUGGAGCGCAGCGUCCCAGAGAAACCCCUGGAAUUCACCCAAUCCAACGUUGUCAAAUCGGACAAAUCCACGAGUUUGAACCAAAACAACACGACACCGUCCUCUGCCAAUUACAUGGCUUUUCAAAACAGCAGUCUGUAUCGCUCUCACUCAUUUGGCACAGAUCUAAAGUCAAUGCCACCGGCUCCCACCCGCACUACAAGUAGCAGGGAUGCGGUCCAGCGUGGUCUCAAUAUUUGGCAUCAGUUUGGAAUACCCGAGGAGCCACUUACUGAAGGUCUUACUUUUAGUCCACCUCCUUCUGUAGGAAUGUCCAGCCACCACAGCCUGCCACAGUUUCCUCAUCGCCACAGUGCCUCCCAGCAAGAAAUCGAGCAGUCUAUUGAAACCCUCAACCUUCUUAUGUUGGACCUGGAACCAGGCCUUUCCGCUGUGAUGAAAUCCCAAAGUGCUCCAUUGAAGGAAAACAGUUUUGUAGUAACAACCCAGCCUUCCUUCUCUCAGAACCAAGCCAGGCUCUCUUAUCAGGCUGAUGCUGCCGUUCAUACCCACACUGCAGAGCCAUCCAGCUUAGGCAGCCAGUCACUAUUGGCUCAGAUGAUACAGACAAAGCCUAGUACUCCAGAGCCUGCACCUGUCCACAGACCUUUGACUUCUGAAACAGUUGGAGCCACUCUUUCCUCACAGGUCUUCCCUUCCACAAGUGGUUCUCUUCAGCAAAAAUCCAUCAGCACAUUCCCUCCAAGUACACAGCUCCAUUCCUUGGAGGUCUCUGAACCCCAAAGAAUCCCCACUUCUGACUCAACAUCACCUCAACUAAGAGAGCGCGAGCCCGAGGAGGUCUGCAAUGUUGAAGGUCUGGUGGCCCAAAGAGUAGCUGAGUACACGGCUCGCGCCCAAAGCGCCAUCCCAAGCAUGACCUCCGCUCAGUCUGAUCAUCGUCGUUCUCACUCCCUCUCGGGUGUCCAGGCACGUACAGCUUCCUUUGAGGAGCCUUCAACUCUUCCUCGCCGUCGCAUCACCAGUGAGGGACAUUCUGAUGACGGCAAAUCUCCUGAUAUUCCGAUGCGCUCCCCAAUUCGAUGUGUCUCUCCUGAGUUUGUCCAUGCCAUAGGAAUGAACCCCGGUGGACGACCAAGGGAGAGAAAUCUGCACAGCUACAAGGAGGCCUUUGAAGAAAUGGAUGGAGGACAAAUCAGUCCUACACCCACAGUUGGUGGUGAGGUGUUUCCCCAAACCCCUGCCUUUCCCAUGUCACCGCAAACCCCUUACUUCAAUCUGUGUCGCUCACCUCCUGGUCUUGCCAAGACUCCCUUGUCAGCUCUGGGACUGAAGCCUCACAACCCAGCAGAAAUCUUACUUCAUCAAACAGGCUCAGAUGGUGAAUUCAGUGAGUGUGAUGAAGCACCAAGAAGCUAUGUAGAGUCUGUGGCAAGGUCGGCAGUGUCGGGCGGAGAGCCAUCCACGUCGCCCCGAAGCCUCAGCCCUCCAGAAGAUGCAAAGGGUCAGCUGGGAAAUCUUAGUCCCAGCAACCAAACAAUGAACCCACCUUUGUCCAGCAGCAGUCCCAUCCGGUGCUCACAGGGUGGACACCUCUUAGUUGACAGCAAUGUUAGCACUUCCUCCCAACCAACUACUGAUUCUGGAUUUCAGUCUCAAGCUACAGAAAUUUCAUUUCCCACUCCCACUCCAUCCUAUCAGGCACCAGCAACCCCUGCUUCUUCCUACCUGGAUUCUAGCUCUCCAACCUCCUCCCACCUGGGCAACACUACCCCAACACAGUCCUACCUUGGGUCUAACAGCGUACUGGGGGGUUAUGUGGCUUCUGACCCUGGGCUGUCAGUUUCAGAGCCCUCUAAGACACUAUUAAACCACAGAAGCCCCUUUGUGGAACACCAAUCCACACCCAACCAGGGUCUUUAUCAGCAAUUGAGUGCUAAACAAGAUGGCUCGAUAUGGUUGGCUCAAAAAUCGCCUGCCAACGGGUUUGAGGUGGGUGUUGCAGGACUAGGUGGUAGUCCAGUUCUUGGUCAUCGUCUAUCUCAGGGCGCCCAGGCCAGUCCUGUUCUCAGUAGACAAGGUUCUUUGGGACAGAUGUCUCCUCACAGCCCAGUCCUCAGCAGGCAGCCCUCCUUGGGUCAGCCUAUUCAGACCAGUCCCGUUCUGAGCAGACAGCCUUCCAUCACAAAUCCACAAGGAAGUCCAGUGCUGGGCCGUCAUCCAUCUGUUUCACAGAUGUCCCAGAGAAGUCCCAGUUUGGAUCGGCACCCUAUCCAUAGUGGCUACACCACACCAGAUGAAAGGCAUGGGAACCUGUCAAGACAGAGUAGCUCCUCCGGCUACCAAGGACCACCUACUCCCUCUUUCCCCAUCUCACCUGCAAACUACCAGGAUGGUGGGAUAAUUGGGAUAGGUGGUUUUCGACAAGGGAGCCCAGCCCCAGCCACCCAACCCCAACUCCCAGAGAAGAGGCGGAUGUCCAGUGGUGACCGACCAAAUGGAGCACUUUCUUAUGGCACCAUAAACGGGAAGAUAAUGUCUCCCAUGAGUGGAGGAAGCACUCCAGGCUACUUUCAUACACUUUCUGACUUCUCAAAGUUCAAUAUUCCCGACGGAAGCCUAGAGAAUCGGCUCAACGUUAAGUUUGUCCAAGACACAUCCAAGUUCUGGUACAAGCCGGAGAUCUCCAGGGAACAGGCUAUCAGCCUGCUGAAAGACAGAGAGCCUGGAGCUUUUGUCAUCCGGGACAGCCACUCAUUCAGAGGAGCUUAUGGCUUGGCGAUGAAGGUGGCCACUCCUCCUCCCUCUGUGCAACAAAGCAAAAAAGGUGACAUCACCAACGAGCUGGUGAGACACUUCCUGAUCGAAAGCAGCCCUAAAGGGGUCAAGCUGAAAGGCUGCCCCAAUGAGCCUUAUUUUGGAUGUUUGUCAGCCUUGGUCUACCAACAUGCCAUCACGCCACUGGCCCUGCCGUGCAAAUUAAUCAUCCCUGCCACAGAUCUCAUUGAUGAAGUGCCUGAAGACACUUCAACCAACCCAAUGAUGGAACGGUUGAAACAAGGAGCAGACAUUUUUGUUAUCCCAGUGCAGAGGGAUCCUGCUGAUUCCCAUGCAUGCAACGUUCUCUACGUCAACUCUGUGGAGAUGGAAUCUCUGACAGGCCCUCAAGCUGUUGCUAAGGCCAUUUCUGAGACACUGGCUGCUGCGGCGCCACCUACUGCCACCAUUGUGCACUUUAAGGUGUCAUCGCAGGGCAUCACACUCACAGACAACCAGAGGAAGCUUUUCUUCAGACGACACUACCCCACCAACACUGUCACCUUCUGCGACACUGACCCACAAGACAGGAAAUGGAACAAGCCUGAAGGAGGCGUAGCAAAGCUGUUUGGGUUUGUGGCGCGUAAGCAGGGAAGCACAACAGACAACGUCACACACCUCUUUGCUGAGCUGGAACCUGGCCAGCCCGCCAGCGCCAUCGUCAACUUUGUGUCCAAGAUGAUCGCCUCACAGAAACGAUGAGCACUGACAGCAGGGGCUCUGACGUCUUGUGUUUUUAUUUUAUUCUAAAAAGCCUUUGGUAUUUGUCUUUCCUGUCCAGCACACACUCCCAGUUUCACCUUUUCAUUUUCUUGCUCUUUUGAAUCCAAGCGGAUGCAUGUGAGCGCACAUGUCUGUAUGCAUGUGCUUUUAUUCUUGGACGGCUUCAGAACGAAUCAGUGGACGUGCAGGAAGGGGUGUGGCUUCUGGUGACAAUGGUACUGUGAGGGUGGGGGUGUUGGAGGGGUUGAUUUUCAUCUCCCUGGAAGGGUAACUGAAGAACAGGAAGAGGGAAUGACUGUGUGAGCAAAUGUUAUUUUUUGUGGUUGUUUCAGUUUUGUAUUAUUUAAAAAAGAAAAAAGAAAAAGUCAAGUAGUGUGAUGUAACGAUGGAUUGUAAAUCUUUCAAGCUUUUGACUGGUCAACCAAAGAUUCUUAAAACAAGCAGUCAGGGCUGUACAGUUUGUCAAAAGUAUUCUUUUGUUUAAAAAAAACAUGGCUGCUUAAUCAAAACAAAACAAAAAAAAAACAGUUAGGAACUGAUACUGUAGGUCAAUUCUGCAUCUUUUGCAAUAACUGUCAGACUUUUUUGCCCCUUGAUCAGGUUUGUAAAUAAUUCAGUUACGCUUUUUGAGUAGGGCUAUUGUUAACAGACAGUGCCUAAAUUUUCUUUUUCAAUGCAAAGUUUUUUUAAAGAAAAAAAAAUUAUCAAAGAAAAGCAUAACACAUAUUCAUGCUCUAAAAUAUGCAAAGACACAUUUCAUUUACUGAAAAGAGUCGGUGGGUCCUUCUUUGUUGGGUCUUAGCUAAACUUUUCAGCUGUUUUUGUAGUUGAGCAACAAGAUUGGGAUGGAAAGGCUGUUUAACUAUCUAAUGGCUCAUAGCAACACAUUUGAAGAAUUUGUGAAGAGCAACUUUGUUCUAAAAAACUGCUUUUGUGAGUUUAAUAUGUAGAAAGAAACUGCUUUAGUCAGCAAACAAAGUUUAUCUUACACAAAAUUAAGCUAUACAUAUAUAUAUAUAUAUAUAUAUAUAUAUAUAUAUAUAUAUAUAUAUAUAUAUAUAUAUAUAUAUAUAUAUAAAACUUCAAAAACAGUAAUGUUUAAUAUUUAUUUUUUUUGUUUUUGCUUUUCUUUACAUAUUGUCAUCUUGUAUACAUGUAUUAUAAAGUACACAUCAAGCUUACUGAAAGCAGAAAGAGAUUGCUUUUAUUUUCACAUAUGUCAUGUGCGUUACCAUAUAUAAGGUGUAAAGUGUGUGCAUUCAAAAGUGUAUUACUGUCAGCAUAUUCCGUUUUUUUGUGUUAACAUUCUCAUGUUUUUGUUUUUUUUGUUUCGUUUUAUUAAGAUGAGAUUUAGUAUGGAAGAUUUCCUCUUCAGCCAAAAUUAAGAACCUCCGACGCAAUGCCAAACGCAUUUGUUGAAAUGAGUUACAACCAACUAAAGAGAUUUUGUCCAUGUUUUAGCACUUAUGUUCAAGUACAAUGCCUAUAGAAAAGAAAACAUGGAUACAGACAGGCCCUUUUGUAUUUUGUCUGUUUGUUUGUUUUUUAAUUAUACAUAGUUGCGUUUUGAAGCCUUUACUGUUGCCAACAACUGUUCACCUCACUGUAGGAGAUGCAAAAGCAACAUCUUUCAUGUCAGUUCAAACCUCUGGCGCCCUCUAGUGGUCACAAAUUUCCUGCAGCAGAACCAAACUAAUUUUAUUGCAGCGUUUUAGCUGUCGUUGGAAUUGCAAAAUAAUUUGCUUUCCUAGAAAAAAAAACUAUUUUAUCAACAAAUCUGUAAUAAUUUUAAAUUCAAGUUAUGAGUCGUAACUGGCGGAACUUUUUUUUUUUGUUUUUUGUAAAGAAGUGGAUGACAGCAAGAAAAAAUUAAAAGUUCAAGCUUUGUUUUUUUUUGUUUUUUGGGGGGUAAAUUGGCUUAAAAAUGUUUGAAAAAGUACAGCACUUACAGGGCUCUUUCUAUCUUACUAGAAUGUUUGGUUAUUUAUUAACAAACUUGCAUGCUUAGGUCAAAGUGUAACCUUAAUGCUGCUGAACUCCUCUGUACACAGCGUGUCCGUGCUCAACCCAAAUGCCUGCAUAAAUACGCCACUUGGCAGUUAUCAGGUUAGGAUUUCGGGUAUCUUGACUCUGCUUUUGUAACAAAAAACAGAACAAAACUGUUUGUUCUUUCGCCUAAAGAAUGUUUGUUGAAGUAAAAGGACUUCUUAAACCUCCAGAUGAAUGUUAACCAUUUGUAAACUGAGAUGGAAGCUACAGCUCCAUCCAUCCAUCCUUCCUCCCACUUUGGCAGAUCGAUCUUGACUGUAGAAUGUGUAUGACUUCGCUAUUAUGCCUGUAUAGAGUUUUUGUUUGUUUGUUCGCUACAUUGUAUGGCUUUUACUUUUUCCAAUGAAUAAAAGCUACGUAAAAUCUAA